CUUCAACCUCACGCAUAAUGAAUCGGGGGUACUCAAGAGGUGCUGCACGGGGUGGGAGAGGUUUUGGGCGCGGUGGGGGUCCACAGGGCCCACCAGAGACAGUUCUGGAAGUAGGCUCUUUUAUGCAUGCGGUGGAGGAUGAGAUGCUCUGCGCUUCUCUGAUACCUGACAAAGUCCCUUACUUCAAUGCUCCCAUUUACCUGCAAAAUAAAUCAGCUAUCGGCAAGGUCGACGAAAUACUUGGCCCCAUCAACGAGGUGUACUUUUCCAUCAAAAUGAAUGAAGGCAUGAUCGCAAGUAGUUUUAAAAAGGGCGACAAAGUCUACAUUGGAAGCGACAAACUACUUCCCGUCGAGCGUUUUCUUCCCAAACCGAAAGUUAUAGGAAGGACCAGGGGGACCGGACCAGGAGUCGGCCGCCGUGGGCGAGGAGGCAAUGCUAUGCGAGGAGGACCUCAGCGUGGCAGAGGUCGCGGCAGAGGUAUGCCCAACACGAGAGGUGUUCACCGCGGGGGUUUCAGGGGCAACUCGGGCGGUCGUGGAGGAGGGUGGGGUUCACGUGCAAGUUUUCGAGGCGGUCGGGGUGCGUGAACUGCGCUAUUCAUUCGGCAGGUCUUCAGCUAGAAACUGGCUUCUGUUGUACAAUCGUUGGACGCGAGGCUGGAUAUGCAAUGAGUAAGAGGAACGACCAUU